AUGAGAAACCUAACGGCCCAUGAUGAUAAUUUUGAUGAAAUUAAACUCAUGUCUUUGGCUUUGGAGGAAGGCUUUGAUCCUAUAGAAGUUUCUCAGCUCUUUGAAGUGCCUUUGAAUUCAAGUCACAGCACUGCCUCUUACUCAGUCCGCAGUGAAGGUGCUGUUGGAUACAGCAGUGAUGUUAAAUCUUUUUCUUCGCAUGGCUUAGAAGCCGUUGGUGGCCAUAGCCAAGAACACAGUAAAUACGGCAAAAUGGAAAUUCCAAGUGAUUCAGAAUGUUCUAGAGAAGCCACGCUUCAGCAGUUUCUUCAUAACCACGCUUAUAAUCAGCUGCCAAGUCAAGCAGCAUCCACUCUGGAGCAUCAGCAGCACAUGUGGAUGGAGAAACCAAACGAAGUAAAGGAUAGGUGCCAUAAUUCUACUGAUAAAAACCUUAGGAGCGAUGAACACCAUGCAAAAGCUCUGAGAAUACCAUUUUCGGUAGAUGAAAUCGUGAGCAUGCCCGUUGACUCUUUCAACACCAUGCUAGCAAAGAACCAUCUGACAGAUAGUCAGGUGUCACUUCUACGUGAUAUCAGACGAAGAGGAAAAAACAAAGUUGCUGCCCAAAAUUGUCGUAAACGUAAACUGAAUGCAAUCCUUAACUUGGAAGAAGACGUAUGUAAUCUUCAAACACAAAAGGAGAGCCUUAAAAAGGAGCACUCUCAGUGUAGCAGAUCAAUCAGCCGGAUGAAGCAAAAGUUAAAGCACCUGUACCGUGACAUUUUCAGUCGAUUGAGGGAUGACCAGGGCAGACCCGUUAACCCGUGCCAAUAUGUUAUUCACUGCAGUAGCGAUGGCAGAGUUUUCGUAAUACCAAAACACUUGGUCAAACCAGAACAGAAACAAGGUAACGGAAAAGAACAGAAACAAAAAUAA